CGCCGUUCCCCGCCACGGGGAGGGCGUGAGGUCGGCCCUGGGCCCGGGGUGAGGAGGGCGCCAGCUGAGGUCUGAGCGGCCGGGCCCCCGGUUGUGGUGGGCGGCGGGAGCGGGAGGGUGGCGGCCCUGUGAGGAGCUGCCCGCUCGGCCUUGACGUGAGGAGUUGGGCUCCUGUCCGUGUUGCCCACUGGCUUUGGAGCUUUAGUCGGUUUUUAGUUCCCCUGUGUGCUGUGCCGGCCAGCUGGCCUCCGGUGUGCUGGAGCAGGAGUCCCAAGCAGGUUCCCCAAGGCAGGCUCCUACCCAAGUGUAAUGCUGUGCUCUUGCUUGUGAGCAUGACAUGGGUCACUCUCCCUGGGCUUGAAGACUGUCUUCACCUCGGUUUGGCUUGGCAUCCAUCUUUCAGCCCAAUCCUGUUUUCAGUCACUCUCCCUUUCCUCUGAAAACCUCUAUCUGAAUAAUCUGGACCUUGUCUUUAAGCUCUCAUAGCCUUUAAGAUGACACCAGGUGUUUCUGAAUGCCAGGGAGUUUGCCUGCCAGCAAUUCCAUUUCUAACGCCAGGCCCCAGGUGCGAUUUCACCAUGACGCUGGGGCAAGGCUGUUGUGAGAAGCACUGGGAGACCUGCCUCCUCUUGACUGCUUCCAAGUGACUUAGGACACAAUUCCAAGGACCAGCUGUGGGUUUACAGUGAUGUUUAUUCAACUGGUGGAGAAAAGAAAGACUGAGAGCCUUGCAGGAGGAAGAGAGGAAAGAGUGUGCCAUAAAUCUGUACUUCCACUUCUCUGGAGCAGUACUUAGAUGUUUUUUCUUUACAACUGCCCCAGGUUUCAUAAGAUCCAGGAAAUUUCCUGUACUGAUGCCCUUCACAUUGCUGUGUUGGAAAGUGGACAUUAGGAACCAUUCCACUUAAAUUCUUUUAAGGCAAAUCCUCAGUGCGUGGUCCCUGGAAGAUGGGCACCCAUGGCAGGUCAUUGGCUGGGGUGUGACCAUGAGCAUCCUUUCAGGAAGUGAGGAAAGAUACUUAUCUUGUCCUCAAAGUUAAUCACAGUUGAGCCUAUAAGCAACAACUUUGUUUUUACUAAAACAUAACCAAACUCAAGUCUUUGACAUAGGUACUCCCUAAUUCAAUUAUGUUCUGAGUUUUUCAUUCCAUUAUCAAACUAAUGUAUCUUAAUGAAGUACAGAAAAGGCAAACACCUCAUGCAUUAAUAUUCUAUAUCCAGCGUUUGCCUUUGCUAUGUUUUCGUGCUGAUUUCUAUAUUGAUGGUCAACGUACUGAGCAUCCAAGAUAGAUAACGUCCAUUUGGGACCUGGGCGCUGCUAUUACUGAUUGCAAGGUGAGAGUACUCCAUAGCAUGGCUGCUGCAAGCCUUGCUCCAAGGCUGGAGUGGCUUAGGGAAGAUGGGGAGCUCAGGUAAAUGAGGUCAUAACAACUGUAAUAUUUUUGUUCAUUUUCCUGGUGCAGGCAGCUUAGCAAUUGUCAUGGGAUAGAAGGUCAGAUAGCGUGAUAUCUACUCUUUCUCUUUUAUCUUCUUAGGAUUAUAUAUUUUUUCCUACUUUUUAGUGGAAUAUAGGCUUGUUUUCACAUGCACGGCAAGCUCUAGUUGCUGUAGUGGUAUACAUUAGUAGUCAAACUAAAGUAGCCAAAACCAUCUAUGCUUUGGACAAAGAUCUUGGUAACAAGGAGGACACCUAAUGGUAUUACCAAUACCAUGAAGUUGAUCUUAAUCACAGUUUAGCUUUACCAGACCCGGUGACAAGACAGCUUUAUUCUGUGGAAGAGAACCACAACCUGCAACUGCGGCACAGCCUGAACAUAAUUGUACAUCAGACAAAAGGCAUCAUAAAAAUAAGCCUAAUAUCUUGCCCCCACAGAAUUAUACUCCUCUGACUUUGCUGCAUACUGUAGUUCAAAGAGUGUGAAACUGUAAAUACAUAUAAGAAUAUUUUCUCAAAUUAGUCUUUCUCUGGCCUGCUCAGAGUACCAUAUAGACACUGAGCUCUGAGACCCCAGGCCAGUGGCAUUUUUUCUGUGGAUGAAUUGUGUACUGUCUGCUGUUCUUGUCCUUAGUGGAUAAAAACUACAAAAAUAUCUGGUGAUUCUCUAGAGAGAAAGUAAACUUGGGGUUAGACAUUGAUACAAACACUGUUUUUAGCAUGCAGCCUCACCUUUAGUACUGUGUACAGUCCUGGGGGCCAGAAUUUAAGGGUGUUGAAGUCCUCAAAUGGGUUCAGAGUUUGGACUUGUCUAGUUUGGAGAAAAGGAGGCUAAGGGCUCAUGGCUCCCUACAACUAAGGAGGGGAAGCAGAGAAGGAGGUGCUGUUCUCUUCUCCCUAGUAUCCAGUGAUGCAUGGGAAAGGUUUGAAGCUACACCAGGGGACAUUUAGACUGGAUACUAAAAAGCAUUUCUUUACUGAGAGUGUAGUCAAACAUUGGAACAGGCUUCCUAGAGAAGUGGUUGAUGCCACAGUCUGUCAGUGUUUAAGAGGCAUUGUGACAAUGCCUUUAAUACCAGGCUUUGACUUGAUCAGCCCUGAACUGGUCAGGAAGUUGGACUAGAUGCUCAUUGCAGGUCCCUUCUAUAUGAAACAGUCUAUUCUACUCUAUUCUACUCCAUUCCACUUCUGAAAAAUGCUAACUGUGAUAGCUCCAAUAGGGAAAUAUGAAGGUUACUCUGUGUGUGCUCUGCAUGGGGACAAUUCUGCUGGAAGACAAAUGGAGGGGGUGCAGAAGUGCACAUCUUUGCUGGAGAUAACUUGGAUAACCAUCAGAGUUUUCUUUGGGAUCCUAUGAUGAAGACUUCCACAGACCUAUAGAAGAAAGUGUUGAUCACUGUCAAGAUAUGAAGAUUUUUUUUUUCUAUAGUAGUUUUUCUUCCCAGAAAUCAAACCUUUGAGGCUUCAGAAGCAAGAAGGGAAGUGCUGUGUUCAGUUUUUCCUCUUGCUGUAUUUUGCUAAUGGAUACAGUUCUAAGAAGAAUGGAGUGUAUUAGAGAAGUGCCUGUGGUCAGACAGGAUGGCUCCAGUGAACCAGCCAAAGGACAAGGAGUGUGAGAGGGUGUAUCAGCAUUGGCCAGAAGAGGCAAAAUCAGCUGGGAAGAGGAAAGCGGACUAUGAGAAACUGGGGAAUGAGACACAAGCAAAGAGGUUGUUUGUGAGAAAAACAUCUAAACCCCCAGAGAAAAUUGGUUGGAGCGGAGGUGGGUCUGUGGUGAGAAACAAGAGAGUCCUUUCCCAUCAGCUGGAGCAGCAGCGCAGCAUUGUUCAUUAUGUCUACCAGAACAUGCUGGGAGGCUCCAUUCGGGCACCACUCAGGCAGUGUCUGCAGCUGCCUUUUCUGCGUUCUCUUGCCUCAUAUCGCCUCUUUCGAACAGCAAGUCCCUUUGACAGGAGAGUGACAUGCUUGGAAUGGCAUCCAACACACCCCAGUACAGUAGCUGUCGGUUCCAAAGGUGGAGACAUCAUCCUUUGGGACUAUGAAGUACUUACUAAAACGUGCUUCAUAAAGGGGAAAGGGGCUGGAGAUUCUCUUGGAGACAUCAAGUUCAGUCCUUAUGAGGCAGUGAAGCUUUAUGUGGCAUCAGGUGAUGGCACCCUAAGUCUGCAGGACCUUGAGAGCAGAGCGGUGCAGGUGAUCUCUCGUGCCCCGGACUGUGGCCAUGAGCACCAUAAUGUUUGUUGCUGGUACUGCAGUGUGGAUGUUUCUGCAAGCUGCCGUGCGGUGGUGACAGGUGAUAAUGUGGGCAACGUGGUCCUGCUCAGCACUUCUGGUGAAGAGAUUUGGAAGCUGAAAUUGCACAGGAAGAAAGUGACUCAUGUAGAGUUUAACUCCCGAUGCGAGUGGCUGUUGGCCACAGCGUCUGUGGAUCAGACAGUCAAAAUCUGGGACCUCAGAAACAUCAAAAACAAAAUGAGCUUUCUUCAUGUGCUUCCUCAUGAGAAACCUGUCAAUGCAGCUUACUUCAGCCCAACAGAUGGUGCAAAGCUUCUGAGCACAGACCAGCGCAAUGAAAUCAGGGUUUACUCAUCUUCAGACUGGACCAAGCCACAGCAUCUGAUUCCACAUCCACAUAGGCAUUUUCAGCACCUCACACCUAUUAAGGCAACAUGGCAUCCUCGCUAUGACCUCAUUGUCGUAGGUCGCUACCCAGACCCCAAGUUCCCAGAGUACACAAUGGAUGAGCUACGAACUGUUGAUGUAUUUGAUGGAAACACCGGAGAGAUGGUUUGUCAACUCCACGAUCCAAAUGCUUGUGGUAUCAUCUCGCUCAAUAAAUUUAACCCUAUGGGAGACACACUGGCUUCUGGCACGGGCUUUAAUAUUCUGAUUUGGAGCCGGGAGGAGAUGGUGGCCAAGAAGCAAGAACAUCUUUUGAAAGCCAUGACAGAACAGGGGAUUGGAAGCUGGAAUUCAUCCAGACGUGGAGGGCAGAGGCAGGCAAACCCUGGCACAAGCAAACUCAAAGCUAAGUUAUUGUCUUGGGAGCUGGACGAGAUGAGAACUAAAAACAAUGAUUCUAAAUCCAAGGGAAGAAAGCGAAAAGGGAAGGAUCUAGAGAAGUGAUUUAGUAUUUUGAUCCUUUCUGAAUCCCAGGGUACAAACUCAGUUGUUGCCAAUGGGCAGUAUAAGCUGUACAGGGCAUUAGAUUUUGUCCCUCCUCCCUGGAUCUGAUCUUGGUUCCCUCAUCCUCUUGGCUUCCCCUUCUAGAAAGUUGUGUCAGUACUUGGUUCCUCCUGCAAAUGGAGUUAGCACUUAUUUUCUGAGGCACUAGGAAAACUUCAAAGAUGUUCUCAAAUCCUGCUGAAGUUACUGCUUCCAAUCUGCCAUAUCUGCUUGUCAUCACUUGUCAGAGGUUACCAUUUCCUGUAGUCUGCUUUAGAGAAGCUCAUGGUAGGGUCCCUAGCCUGUUCUAGUCCAAAUGAGUUGAGAAACCAUUUGCUAACAGGAUUUAACAUCCUGAAAAGGUAGAAUGUUUACAAGGCUGAGGUGACGGAUAGCUCAGGUAGCCUAGGAAACACCGAGCUCUUCCAUAUGCAAGCUUCUUGGAAAAUGUUUGUCAAGACCUCAGGCUUAGCCUGUUCUGUUGUUGCAGCUAUUUAACUGGACCACAAAGAACAUGAUGAUGCCAGAGGUGUCUACCUGCCUCAUGGGAUGCAAGGGCAGUAUGGAGCUGGGCCUACUGAUUCUGUAGUUUCUAUUGUCAGAGUUCUAGGCUCUUUCUUGCCACUGAUUAGGCAAUUUUUUUCACCCAGGUGCUUCAGAAUGUUGGAUAAAAGUGUUAUAAAGCAGAAAUGAGGAAUUUCUUCCAAACACCCCUGCUUAGAGCCAAAUCUCAAGACUGUUGUUAAAGUCUAAAGUUUUGCUUUUUCUGAUUUGUUUACAAGGCUGCCCAGGGCCUUGCUGCUGUCCCAGAGGUUGAUGGAUGGGAUGGGCUCCAGGCCUGCGCAGAUUCUCCAUGUUCACUUUUAUAGUUUUGCAGUAUUAAUAAAGUUUUGUAUUAAACUAAAAUUCUUUGAUACAGA